CCUUUAACUCUGACGUUUCAGUUUUCUUCCACGUUGGCCGCACAUGCGCAGAGGCUCCUGUCACCUGCUGGAAAUCAGAGGCGAACAAGGAAGUCUAGCACUGAGGAGUGGAGGUUAGGCUAAACUAAAAUAAAGUACAUCUCCAAAGGGACGUAGUCUUCUGCUCAUCAGCCGUUAGCUACAUCGGCGCGACAAAAUGUUUAAAAAACUCAAGCAGAAGAUAAACGAGGAGCAGUCACCGCAGAAGAAUGCGCAAUCACCACAGCAGGCCCAGGUGGGCCUUGGCGACCGGCAUAGCAGCCAAACCCCCCAGUUUCAUCAUGAUGGCACACCCUCUCCCAGUGACAGAGAGAGUGCCUCUAAAGGAGCUGCGAGGUCUCCUAGAGGUAGCAUCAGUGGCAAUGGAAGUGCAUCUCCUCAGAGAGAGGAGCUGCAGUCAUUUGCCCAGAAGCUGCAGUUAAAGGUUCCGACUCCCUGA